UUUACUUGUGAAUCAGCUGUUAAGCAUGUUCUGUUUGUUAACGUUAAAGUUAACUCCAUCGAAUAGUGUGUGAUUUAGUCUUAAAAUUGUUAUAUUAAUUCAAAUACAUGAACCAGCUCAUCCAUUCAGAUAGUAACAUUCAAACACAAUUAUAAAUGUUAUCUUGAUUAUGAUAAACACGACAGAAUUCAAGUUUAUCAAUCAAUGAAAGUUAUCUCGUUUUGUUGCUGGAAAAUGUGUCAAAGGAUUCGAUGGAUUCGUUUGUUGACUUAAUAUCGUGAAAAAAUCUGAUCAACUCUUCAUCUUGACAAAUCACUUAAAUGGAUCAAAUUGGGAUAUCAAAUGGCACACCAGAAGCCGACUUGCCAAGAUACCAUGUAAAUUAUCCAUCAUAAUUAUUGGGAAGCCACAAGUUACCACAAUUUCACCAUAAGAAUAAAGGAAUCUCCAACAGCUCUAUUUUUUGUUCAUGUGCUACAAAUUAAAUCAAGUUGAUUAUCUUUUCAGUCUAUUAUUCAGUCUAUUUUUAUCAAUAUAUUCUCACUCUAUCUAUCUUCUCAUCUACCUCUCCUUCUCCCUCUCCUAUUCAUCUUUCUCCUCUCUCACAAGCUAUUCAAACAAUUAGCAACACAACCAACCACAUUUCCUCUUGGAUCUCGCCUUUAACUUGGGAAAAGUGUAAUACGGAUACAAAUUGCAGGGAUAACUUUUUCCAUUCUAAUCUAAACUGUGCACUUAUGUAACCAAUUAUGCCUUGGUCAUCGUUUAAUAUAUUCAAAUCUCUUCAUCAAACCCGUUAAUUAUUGACUUACAGGUCAACUUGACUACUCUGCCUGGAUCACUUUCAGUGUCAUCAAUGACAUGAUGUCAGUCUCUGUUGCCACCAAAGUUUUCCUCAUUUCAACUUCAGCCAUUCCAAUAUCCUAUCUGUUGAAUCGUUUCAUCGAGAAAACUGGACUAACUCAACCUCUGUUAAUUGUUUUUCUAUGUCACAUUAUUGGAAUUUUGAUUUUCUCUUUAAUUGUUAAGUGUACAAAACAUUCAUUGCAUAAAAACAAUGAAUACCUUUUUUACACUUUCGCUUUAAUUUGUUUCAUCAGUGUAUCAAGUCUCAUUAUCGCCUUGGAAUUGGAAGGUUUGAUAUCAGGUUUUACAAAUUCAUUUCUAAAACAUGUUGAACCUCAUCUCAGAUCUUCCUUUGGUGCAAUGAUUUGCCAUUGGAAUGGUAUUGUGGCCUAUGCUUUAGCCUUGAUGAUCGUUGCUGCUAUUACAACGAGUAAUGAUUUCAUCGAUAUUUUAUGUUACUGGCUUGGCUCCUGGGUAAAUAAUAGCCUAGUUUUGCUGCUAGGUAUCAUGAUUGGUAAAACUGGACCAGGCUGGGGAAUUCUUAUGUACUUGCCUUACAUAAUUUUACCGUGUUACAUUGCUUAUCGUGUCUUGAAAUCAUCGAAAUCAACAAAAAACCAAGCAAUCGAAAUAGAAGUUAAAACCUCGAUAUGGAAGCGACCAUUGGAUAUGUCUCUGUGUUUCAUAUUUACUUUGAGCUGUUUCAUAGCAAUUUUACGUGGUCUUGCUGUUUUGGAUAGUCCUAUUUGGCUAUGUAAAAUUUAUGGCAAACAAAUUGAACCCUAUCUGGUUUCAUCGACUUUAGCACCUUUUGCAAAGAUUCAAAUGAUUUUAUAUUUAUUUUAUUAUUUACCAUUUUAUUUAUUCGCUAUUUAUCACCUGAUUUGCUGUUCGCAUCAAGAGAUGACAAAAUUGAGUGCAUUUUUUGCCGGAGCUGCUUCAAGUGCACAAUUUACUCAUAUUGGUUCAUCUUUCCAUUCAAGAACUCCUUACAUUCUUCGUGUUUCUUCUGAUUUUUCUGCUCUACUCUUUUUUUGGCUCGUUAAUUUGACUCUUCUAGUUGGACCUGUUUUACUUGCAUUUAGAUGUGCAGUAGAAGAAACAACUGAAUAUCCCGAUGGUUAUAUUGAAAAGGUUUUCGCUCGAAAAAAAAUUGUCAAACAAAGUUAAAAUGAUACCGAAAAUAGUAGAGAAACUCUACAAUAUAAUCAAUUUACUCUUAUUUUAUGAGACUCUGAAGUUAUCUGAUAAUGUUGAUAUUUUUAUAACGGGCAAUAUUAAGCAAAUAUUGUGUUAAUUUUGUAUAAAAUAAUGACUUGUAAUGUCAAUUGUACUUAUAAAGUAUUAUUGCUUAUAGAUUCAAACUACCCGCGUCUGUAGAGUUGUCUUGGCAAUACUUUGCCCAAAGCGAAAAGCAAAAAGCAAAAUAAUCUUUAGUUGACUUAAAUAAAUUUAUUCAUUUGCUUA